AUGGAGCAAGAGUUAGUUGAAAGAUGGGAAGGCAAAGUUUCAUCGAAUCUCAAAAACACCACCGAGCAGCAAGCCUGGCCACUGGUGAAAGACUUUUUCAACCUUCACAAACGCUUCCCUAACCUCGCCACGUGUUACGGCAUCCACGGAUCCAACGGCGAGCCUGGAUGCAUACGAUACUGUGCGGGAUUCUCCCUUCCAUCCGACGGCUCUCAGGAAGUGAGCUGGUCAAAGGAGAGACUGGUGGCCGUUGAUGAUGUUGAGCGGUGUCUUAAGUAUCAGAUCGUGGAUUCUAAUAUUGGCUUUAGGUCGUAUGAGUCAACCAUGAGAGUUGUCGGUGACGGUGACGGUGACGGUGGGUGUGUGGUUGAAUGGUUGUUCGCUGUUGAUCCUGUUGAAGGUUUGGUGUUGGAGGAUUUGGUGGGAAAGUACCGUGUUGGACUUCAGGUUAUGGCUCGGAAAAUGGAGGAAGAGAUUGCCACUUCAAGGUAG